AUGGCAUGGUGUGACCGAAGGGUUCAGACUUUGCUGGCCAUCGUGGGGGCCUUCACCGCCUUCAGCCUCAUGACCAUCGCCAUCGGCACCGACUACUGGCUUUACUCCCGGGCGUAUAUCUGUAACACCACAAAUGUCACCACAGACGACAACCAGAUGCAAACCAAGAAAGUCAGAGGCGACCUGACGCACUCCGGGCUGUGGCGGAUCUGCUGUAUCGAAGGUAUCAACAAAGGAAGCUGUUUUCGGAUCAAUCAUUUUCCAGAGGAUAAUGACUAUGACACAGACAGCUCAGAGUACAUCUUACGUAUAGUGCGUGCAUCCAGCCUCUUCCCAAUCCUCAGUACCAUCCUGCUCAUGUUGGGUGGCCUGUGUGUCAGCGUUGGACGUAUCUACAGCAGCAAGAACAACAUCCUGCUCAGUGCUGGCAUCCUGUUUGUGGCUGCAGGUUUGAGCAACAUCAUCGGCAUCAUCGUCUACAUCUCCAGCAACGCCGGUGAUCCCAGUGACAAGAAAGACGAGGACAAGAAAAACCAUUACAACUACGGCUGGUCCUUCUACUUCGGCGCCCUCUCCUUCAUUGUGGCCGAGUCGGUGGGGGUUCUUGCUGUCAACAUAUACAUUGAGAAAAACAAAGAGACGCGCUUCCGAGCCAGAAGUAACUUCAUCAAAACCACCUCUUCGUCCUCGCCGUACUCUCGCAUCCCAAGUUACCGCUACAGACGAAGGCGCUCACGCUCCAGCUCGAGAUCCACUGACCCGUCCCGUGAGACCUCCCCAGUGGGAAUGAAAAUUGGUGGAGGAACCAGCGGAGGAGGAGGGUUGGGGAUGGGGUUGCCCAUGGGAGAUAUAUCUUUGUACGCCCUCAGCAGAGACCCUUUGAAGGGUGGAAGUGGGACUGCAGGACCCUACAGUCCUGAGAUGGGCUCUGGGUUUUUACAGGUCCACAACUGCUUCCAGAAAGACCUUAAAGAUGGAGUGAGCAGGAGGACCACGCCAGUAUGA